GCUUUAAAGACAACAGAGAAGCAAAACUCAAGGCUGCUCACGUCGUCUGCUCAUCGUAGCUCUGCAAAUUUCCCAAUAUUUGGUUGACGUAAUCGACUGUUUUGCAAGACACCCGUCAGAUUUUCGUCUUUAAAGGAUAGAUUGCCUUUAAGUCCGAGACUGAGGUGAAGAGGACAUCCACGAUACUGCCUGUCCACGUGACACGUUUUAACUGCUAGCAAGAUGGGAAAGAACACCUACAAAGACGAAGACGAAUACCGACGGCGCCGUGAGCGCAACAAUGAGGCGGUGAAGAAGAGCAGAGUGAAAAGUAAAUUGCGUAGCCAGGCCACGCAUGAAAGAGUUCAACAACUGCAAAUGGAGAACACUAAAUUAGAGGAAAAGAUUGGCUUCUUGGCGUCCGAGGUUGAAUUUUUGAAAGACAUGCUCUGCGCAAAUCAUUCAGACAUCAAAACUGAAGACAGCAACAGGGUGCAAAGUAUGCUGAAUGAUGAAAUGCAGCAGGACCAUUCGACGGGACACAACAACCCUCCCACAGGGAACAGGAGACUUCGCAAAUAGGUUUAAGGCAAAGUGCUAGAUUGACUCUCUCUAUGUGAAUUCAAAAGAUCUUUUUUCGACUGCACAUUUUCACAAGCAUCAUGUAACAAACCACUUUCAAAGUGGGCCAUUUUCUGAAAGCAUUUUGCCAAUUUUUACAAUUGAACUGUCUUUUCAUUAAUACCUUAGAUUUUAACAUGCUUCUAGAACUCCUGAUUGAGCUCUAUGUGACGCAUUGGUGUGCAAAUUAGAGAUCAAUUCUUCAUUAAAUUUACUGUAAUUUGCGUAGU